AGCCUACCUAAGCCCUCCUGCUGCGCCCUCAGCCGGCGCCCCUCCCCCAAGGUGUGGCUCCUCUGUCAGGGGUGGGGAGAGGGAGUUAGGGGCAAACCGGUUCCAUCCUUCCCCUACCGCCCGGGCUCCUAUUGGCCACGCCUGAAAGUGCCACAUAGUGUGCGCUCCAGGCUAGCAGCACCAGGCAGCAACGAGGGUUGCCGGCCACAGUGCCAGGCUCCGGAGGGGGCUCUGGGCCAGGUACCUCCCUGCGGUAGCCCCAGGACACCCCCCCCCCACAUCCCAUUCAGAUUCGCUCUGCCUCGAGUCUCCAGGAGCUUCCAGUGGCUUGGUCCCCUGACUCCCAUCCAUGCCUCUUAGAGCCCUUUUCCCGGCCUCACGGGCUGUCCCGUCAUAGUCUUGGGACCUUAAGGAGCAAGUCAGCCCUGCGGACCGUCCCAGUGAAGAGAAGGAGCUGGCUGUGCGGUGGAACUUGGAAGAGACGACGUCUGGGAGCCUUUGCUGAGCCCAGGGAGAGAGGCGUCCCACUCCCUGCUGCGCCAGGUAGGGCAGAGACGCCAAGCUUUGAGGCCCCCAGCUGCCAGCAUGCGGCUGCCUCGCUUCUCCAACAAGACAGUGACCACGCUCCUCCUGGCACAGACUAUCUGCCUCCUGCUCUUUGUCGCCUACCAGCCAGGACCCUCUUCCCCCGCAGAGUCAGGCAGCGAGCGUGUGCACGUGCUGGUGCUGUCCUCAUGGCGCUCGGGCUCGUCCUUCGUGGGCCAGCUCUUCAGCCAGCACCCCAACGUCUUCUACCUGAUGGAGCCCGCGUGGCACGUGUGGACCACACUGUGGCGGGGCAGCGCCACAACGCUGCACAUGGCCGUGCGCGACCUGGUACGCUCCGUCUUUUUGUGCGACAUGGAUGUGUUUGAUGCCUACAUGCCACAGAAUCGAAACCUGUCCGCCUUUUUCAAGUGGGAGGUGAGCCGCGCGCUUUGCUCGCCACCCGCCUGCAGCGCCUUUCCCCGAGGUGCCAUCAGCAAGGAGAACGCAUGCAGGACUCUGUGCACACGGCAGCCCUUCAGCCUGGCCGAGGAGGCCUGCCGUUCCUACAGCCACGUGGUGCUCAAGGAGGUGCGCUUCUUCAACCUGCAGGUGCUCUACCCGCUGCUCAGGGACCCCGCUCUCAACCUGCGCAUCGUGCACCUGGUGCGCGACCCGCGGGCCGUGCUGCGCUCCCGGGAGGCGGCGGCCCAGCUACUAGCACUUGACAACGGCAUUGUGCUGGGCACCAAUGGCAAGUGGGUGGAGGCCGACCCUCACCUGCACCUGAUGCGGGAGGUGUGCCGCAGCCAUGUGCGUAUUGCCGAGGCCGCCACACUCAGGCCGCCACCCUUCCUGCGCGGCCGCUACCACCUGGUGCGCUUCGAGGACCUGGCGCGGGAGCCGCUGGCAGAGAUCCGGGCACUCUACGCUUUCACCGGCCUGAGCCUCACGCCACAGCUCGAGACCUGGAUCCACAACAUCACCCACGGGUCAGGGAUCGGCGAGGCAUUCGAGGCUUUCCAGACUUCGUCUAGGAAUGCGCACAACGUCUCCCAGGCCUGGCGCCAUGCGCUGCCCUUCACCAAGAUCCGCCAUGUGCAGAAGGUGUGCGCCAGUGCACUGCAGCUGCUGGGCUACCGGCCCGUGUACUCUGAGGACGAGCAGCACGACCUCACUGUGGAUCUGGUGCUGCCACGACGCCCAAAACACUUCAGCUGGGCAUCCUCUGACUCUGAGAACUCUGGACCCUAGAGCAGGCCCCAAAUUGUGGUCACCAGGCCCAGGAGGCGACUGCCUGGUGGAGAGGGAGCUGGGGCACACAGGGAAGCAGGCCCUUACUGUUAACUGGGAGUUUGGAGUCCUCCCCUGAAAUAGGCAAGGACUGCACGUUUCUUUCUCUCCUGGUUCUCGGUUUUCCAUUGAGUCCUCUGUAGCUGCCUUCUCAUCAGGUCCUCUCUUCAUGGAAAGCAACACUUGCCUCUACCUCUCUGGGAACAUGGAGUAAGUUCUGCUACAUUAAAUUAAAUAUGUUACAGACCACAUGUGGUGGCUCACACCUGUAAUCUCAGCACUUUGAGAGGCUGAGGCAGGUGGAUCACAUGAGGUCAGGAGUUCGAUACCAGCCUGGCCAACAUAGUGAAAUGCCCUCUCUACUAAAAAUACAAAAAUUAGCAGGGUAUGGUAGCACACACCUGUAAUCCCACCUACGUGGAAGACUGAGGUGGGAGAAUCACUUGAACCCGGGAGGUGGUAUUUGCAGUGAGCUGAGAUCUUACCACCACACUCCAGCCUGGGUGACAGAAUGAGACUCCAUUAAAAAGAAAAUUUACAUUUGCUCAAAAAUCCUGUAAUCUAGUGAACUGUAACCUCAUUUUUUUCUCUUAUCAUU